UUCAUAAUGGCGACGGCUGCGUCUGUGUUCCACAGAGUCAGAACUGGCUCUAAAAUAGGAGCUCAGUAUGACCAGGAAGGCAACCUCAUUCAGGUGGAAACCCGAGAGGAUGAGGAGCAGAGCGUCAAACUGGCGGAGAUCCUGGAGCUCCUGCUGGCAGCUGGAUACUUCAGAGCACGGAUUAAAGGACUGUCACCUUUUGAUAAGGUGGUGGGUGGAAUGACCUGGUGCAUCACCACAUGUAACUUUGACAUCGAUGUGGAUCUUCUCUUCCAAGAAAACUCAACUAUUGGCCAGAAAAUAGCCCUAACAGAGAAAAUAGUGUCUGUGUUACCAAAGAUGAAGUGUCCUCAUCGUCUGGAGCCUCAUCAAAUCCAGGGGCUGGAUUUUAUCCACAUUUUUCCAGUGAUACAGUGGCUGGUGAAGCGAGCCAUAGAGACCAGGGAGGAGAUGGGGGAUUAUGUGAGAGCCUACUCCAUCUCUCAGUUCCAGAAGACCCACAGCCUCCCAGAGGAUGAAGAGUUCCUCCAGAGAAAAGACAAGGCUGUGAGGGCAGUUCUCGAUGUAUUGGAAGUGUACAAACCCCAGAGGAAGUACAGGAGGCAGAGGGAUGCAGGGGAGCUGCUGGAUGAGGAGUCCAGAGUUCACUCCACCCUGCUUGAAUAUGGCAGGCGAUAUGGAUUCAGCAAACAGUCCAAACAAGACAAGGUGGAUGAGAGGAAGGUCUCGCUGGCCAGUGGCCCUCAGGCAGCACCUCCUGGGAUGGCAGAGGUGUCAGAGGAGGACGACCUGCGGGCAGCAGAGGAGAUCCGAAUCAAAACCCUGAUGACCAGCAUGGCUGCCAUGGCAAAUGAAGAGGGGAAGCUGACAGCAAGUGCGGUGGGUCAGAUAGUGGGACUGCAGUCUGAGGAGAUCAAACAGAUCGCCUCUGAGUACGCUGAGAGGCAGUCAGAGCUGUCGUCAGAGGAGCGCUCAGAGCGCUACGGCCCACUGCAGCAACACCGCAGGGCUGUGGCCUCCCUCAACAAACAGAUCCAGCAGAAGACCAAACAACUGGAGGAGCUACAAGCAAAGCAUGCCGAGGUGAAAACAAGCUGUGAUGAUGCAAAGAGAAAACUGCUUGAGGCUACAGAGCAGUCAGAGAAACUGGAGAAAGAGCUAAAGUCUUUAGAUACGAUGGAGGAGCAGGCUGAUAUCAGCCUGCUAGAAAAGCUGAAGGCUCUGGUGAUGAUGAAUGAGAACCUGAAGCAGCAGGAGCAGGAGUUCCGCACACACUGCAGAGAAGAGAUGACACGCCUGCAGCAGAACAUUGAGGAACUGAAGACGGCAUCAGGACAAGAUACAGAGGAGGAGAAGGAGAGGAACCAGCUAAUAGACAAACAGUACAACACAGACAAAGAGAAACUACAGAAGAUCCGUCUGCUCAUGGCUCGGAGGAACCGUGAGAUUGCCAUCCUGCAGAGGAAGAUUGACGAGGUGCCGAGCCGAGCUGAGCUGACCCAGUACCAGAAGAGAUUCAUUGAACUCUACAGUCAAGUUUCUGCAACACACAAAGAGACCAAGCAGUUCUUCACACUGUAUAACACAUUAGACGACAAGAAGGUCUAUCUGGAGAAGGAGGUGAAUCUACUGAAUUCCAUUCACGACAACUUCCAGCAGGCCAUGUCCUCUUCAGCUGCCAAGGAGCAGUUCCUCAGGCAGAUGGAGCAGAUCGUGGAGGGAAUCAAACAAAGUCGCAUCAAGAUGGAGAAGAAGAAGCAGGAGAACAAAAUGAGGAGAGAUCAGCUGAACGAUGAGUACCUGGAGCUGCUCGACAAGCAGAGGCUCUACUUCAAAACUGUCAAGGACUUUAAAGAGGAGUGUCGGAAGAAUGAGAUGCUGUUGUCCAAACUAAGAGCUAAAGGAGCCUCUUAACCACUGUCCUUAAACUGUUUUGAUUUAAAGAAAAUAUGUCAUCUAUAUGAUGAUGAUGAUGAGUUGAUGACAGAUUAUCUGCAUAUGUAUGGAUUUUUUUUAACAUUCCACACUUUGUUUCAUCAUUCUUGUUUAUGACUUGUGUCUAAAACCCUAUGGGAGGAGUAGUGUACAUGACAUUUGUACUUAUUCUAUACUUCAUACUUCAUGUGUGCCAAAUUCUCCCCACUAAAAAGCACAAAACACAAAACAAACAUGACUUUCCUUUGGUCGAGUCAUAAGAGGCUCUGAGUGUUUCACAUAUUCUGGGAGAGCCUUCAGCUUCACUACACUAAUCACUAAUGUCUGUCCCUCCCUUUUCUUAGCAGCGAGUCCGAAUGUUUUUCUAAUUUCCCAGUGAACAAUGUGGAGGGGCCCCAUAACAAUCCUAUAAAUCCUGAUAAUGUGUUUAAUAAGAUCUGACAAAUGUUGCGCUUUGGGACUGUACAAAAAGGAGUGUAAAUGUCAGAGCUCAUCAAAAGUCCACUAACAUUUACUUUCCACCUUUAUUUGUGGCUGCACUGGGCAGCGGUGCUUGCUGUAUGAAAUCAUGUUGAUCAUAAAGUGGAGCUGUUACA